GGUUUUUAGUCUGUGUCGGAAAAGUUUGAUCUUUACAUGUGUGUAUUGGAAGAUUGACACAGUUAUGACACAUUUCCUCCAGAGCAGAGUGUGAAAAUGAGGAUUUAUAGAUGGAAUAUAAAAAGUCUGUCAGUCAUGCAAAUGUGGAUAGAUGUGCAUCAAGAUCGCUAAAAUCAGCAGCAGCACCUGUUACAUUAAUUAAGACCUGACUUUUAAGAAUGACAACAAUUACUGUGUGGAUUUGUUUAGUUUCUGUUUAAGUGCCAGAGAUGAACAGUCACUGUGAGUCAAAAUGAAAAACAAAAAUCAGUCUAGAUUCUUCAUUCAUUACAAUACACAAACUGUUGGCAUCAAUCAUCAGGGUAAAAGACUUGCAACUGACAAAUAAAGGCUAUCUCAUCUCAUCUCUCAUCAUCAGGCGGUAUCACAUUUAAGUGUCUGUGAACUUUGUGUAUGGGAGGCUGCUUCUCAGAAAGCUCUCAGUGAGAUGUUGUUGGUUUGAAAUCCAAACACCUCCCUGAUAAGAGGCGGAGAUGUGAUAUGCCACAUCACCACAUCUUUAGCUCUGCCUGUGGAUGUUCCUGCACUUACUAAUAAAUAACCAAACACGAGUCAACUCCUGCAGUAUAGUUUUUAAACCUGAUCAGUGAGCCAGUCCACUGGUGAACAUGUCUGUGAAGAUCCUCUCCAUCACUCUCCUCCUGCUCUCACUGUGUGUGAGCUGCCACUCCUCUGAAGAUUCAACUGGUCCUGGAAAGAGACGCCCGUGCUGCGUUGACGUCACCACCUCUGAUAUGAGUGCUGCCGUGGUGGGGAAGACAUAUCGUGAGCAGGCUGCAAGACCACCCUGUGUGAAGGCUAUACUUUUCAACACAAAAACAGAACCGCUUUGUGCUGAUCCAAAUGCUCAGUGGGUCAAGGAUCUCACUGCCAAAAUGACGAAGGUGUGAGGCAUAAAGUCUGUGGUGGAGCAUCGCUGCCUGUCUGUUACAUCAGUGUUUUCUUUGCCCUCACAUUAAAAGUCUUAUUCAUACCAGAGCGCUUUCUUUAUGUAACUUUAUUAUAACCUUUUCCACAUUAGGUUUUUUACUCUUACUUGUAGAGUAACCCUGUAUUUUAUUCCUGGCGUUGACUUUAGUCUUUCAUGAAACAAAUGGUUUUUUUAAUGGAUCUUUUUUUUAAAAAUGGAGUUCCAGCUUUUUUCUGUCUUUUUUUUUUCCUGCUUACUCUGUGUUUAUGUGAUACUAAAAAAUAAAAAUAAAAAAGGUGUCUGGCACAGCUGUGAGUCAUUAAAUUGUGCCUCUCCUAUUUCACACAGUGGCAUGCUGGGACCGAGCUGUGUAAUUAAAAGAGCCGACCGGGCAAUACUGUAGAAAGCAGUAAACAGUGCAAGA